AUGCUCCAGAUCAAGGGUAUCAGUGAGCUUCUCACCAAAAAUGUCGACAAAGCCAUCUAUCCUCACAUUUUCCUCAUGUCUCGCAAUGGCACUCUGAUCGCAUAUUCCACCCCUGUUGACACCAAUGAGGCCAAGGAGAUCGCCGCUAUGGUAACCCUUGCCUGGAACGAUUUCGACCGCAAGGACCCGAGUUCAUUUUCAAUUGCCAUGACCGCUGGUGCCCACCACUUCCAUGCAUCCGCUUCGGAUCCAUACCGGAAACCCUCCAAGACAUCGACCAAGGGACCCCGGAAACUCAACGCCCUCACGAUCCAAUAUCCCGAGAAGAAAUGCAGCGUCCUCGCGCGCGAGAUCCAGGCGAAUCUGAUCCUCGUCCUAAUGGGGACAGCCCCGCGCGGAACCCUGACGGAAUUCAAGACGCACGCCGAGUGGGUUGGAUCGCCGCGCUUCCCGCCCACCGUCCCCACCGAUCGGCAACGUCAAGGGACCCCCUCCGGCGCCCCAUCCCCGAAAGGCACCGACGGCUCGCGUCCAUCGUCCUCCGCCAGCCAGGAAUCCACAACGGCGCAAAAAGCGCGUGCUGUCAAGCCGGCGCCACUCAACGGUGGGAAAACGUGGGAGGAGCUGUCGGAUUACGAGAAGGACAUCCGGCUGGGGGCGUUGCAUGUGCAGCGCAAGAAGUUGGACUCAGUGGCAGUCUAUGUUCGGAAUGAGUUCUCCGUGAAAGGCUUCCAGAUGCCCAUCGACGCGAGCUUUCCUUAG